CACGUGACGCGCGGCCCAUCAUGGCGGCUCCCAGCGGCCGCCGGCCGCAGCCCGCGGGGCCGGGCGGGGGGAGCGGCCCCGGGGCCGGGGCCCUGCGAGGCGCCGACGAGGACGCCGAGGGGCUCUACGUGGCGGUGGAGCGGUGCCCGCUCUGCAACACCACGCGCCGCCGCCUCACCUGCGCCAAGUGCGUCCAGAGCGGCGACUUCGUCUUCUUCGACGGGCGCGACUCCGAGAGGUUUUCAGACAAGAAAGAAAGGCUGAUGCAUCUUAAAACCAAACAGAGAGAAUUCCAAAAACAUGUUUUGAAGGCCAUGGAAGGGAAAGAGAUAACUGAUCAGCUGAGAUGGAAAAUAAUGUCUUGCAAGAUGAGGAUUGAGCAGCUGAAACAGACCAUUUGCAAAGAAAAUGAUGAGAUGACAAGACACACAGAGGGGCUGCUGAGGAUCAAGGAGGAGAACCAGAAGCAUUAUCGCCGGGCUCAGCGGCACCAGGAGAAGAAGGAGAAGAUCCAGAGGCACAACCGCAGGCUGGGGGACCUGGUGGAGAAGAAAACCUACGACCUGAAAACCCAGUAUGAGCACCUGGCAGACCUGCGCAGGACACACAUCCUGGAGCUCACCUCGGUCAUCUUCCCCAUUGAAGAAGUGAAGACAAGCAUGAGAGACCCCGCGGACGUGUCGACCGAGAGCGACAAUGCCAUGACCUCAAGCACUGUGAGCAAGCUCGCGGAAGCCCGCAGGACCACGUACCUCUCCGGGAGGUGGGUGUGCGACGACCACAACGGGGACACCAGCAUCAGCAUCACGGGGCCCUGGAUCACCCUCCCCAACAACGGGGACUACUCGGCCUACUACAACUGGGUGGAAGAGAAGAAGACCACACAAGGACCCGAUAUGGAGCAUAAUAACCCUGCUCAUACCAUCAGUGCUGCAUUGUGCUAUGCAACUCAGCUCGUUAACACUUUGUCUCUCAUACUUGAUGUAAACCUUCCCAAGAAGCUCUGCAACAGCGAAUUCUGUGGAGAGAAUCUCAGCAGACACAGGUUCACACGGGCAGUGAAGAAGCUGAAUGCUAAUAUCCUUCACCUUUGCUUCUCUCAGCAUGUAAAUUUAGAUCUGCUGCACCCACUGCACACCCUCAGGAACCUUAUGUACCUGGUCAGCCCAGACACUGAGAACUUGGGCAGGUCUGGGCCUUUCGAAAUCAGCGCUGAUCUCGAGGACUCCAUGGAGUUUGUGGAUCCCAGCGCUGCCGGCGAGACGGACGAGAGCGGCGACGAGCACGUGAGCGACGAGGAGACAGACCUGGGCACAGACUGGGAGAACCUGCCGAGCCCCAGGUUCUGUGACAUCCCCUCGCAGCAGGUGGAGAUGCUGCAGAGCCAGAGCACCCAGGUGUCCCAGCCCAUCGCCAGCAGCAGCGCCGGAGGGAUGAUCUCGUCGGCCGCCGCCUCGGUGACCUCGUGGUUCAAGGCCUACACCGGGCACCGCUAACCAGGGACAAAGGGGCACAGGAGCUGUGGAAGGAACCCCUCCCCGACAGUGCUGUAGGAAACCUUACAUAUUCAGUUAAGUAGUGCCUGGAACAAAGAAAAGGUCAAGGACUUUCGUUUUGUAAACCGAAAAAAAAAAAAAACCCACACCUUUUUAUUUACCCAAGGUGACUGUGACGGACCCGUUUUGUAAAUUAGCUCCUGACGGAUUCUCUGAGGGCACUUGGUGUCUUGGUUCUGUCUGCAUUGAAUUUCGAAGGACCCAGCAACCUCCAGUUCUACUUUCUGAAGAAGACACAGAUUUUGGAGCAUUUGGAUCGGGAUGGGCACAGAGGAGGCUGCUCAGGGCGCGGUCUGGACAGUGGUACAAAUGCAGUUCCCACUUUCUUAACUCCUUACAGGGUUUUCCUUUGUGUGUGUGUUUUAAAUCUGUCUUGCAUAAUGCAGAAAUGCGUAUUUCUAAAUUUUUUUCAUUCAGGACAUGAAAAUUAUGCAUUUUUAACAUGUUUUCUAAUCUCUGUUGCCAUAUUUUUAAUACAAAGAAUCAGCAUGGGCAGGGAAUUCACACAGCAAGUUGCUCUUGUUUUAGAUUUCGGUUGUGAAUCUUUUACCCAGUUUUGCCAUAGAAAAACUGGCUUGUUUCAUGCUGUUUCCACUGGUAGGUGUUCUAGAAGUUUCGUGUUGUGCUGUCCAAGGCACACAGGCUCUUUACUCUUAAUAUCAUACACCAAAGAAACACUGGACGUUCUCUUGGCUAGACCCACAUUCGAUGCUGAUCCAGGAUUGUGUUGUUGCAAUAAUAUUUAUCCCUUCUGACACCGUCUUGCCACUUCUCAGCAUUAGAAAAACCUCAUUUCAAGCCAGUUUGGUGAAGUCACACGCUCUCCACACUACAUGUGUUUUUAACCCUGUUCUACUUUAUGUUUUUGGGGGGGGGGGGGGGGGGGGGGGUUGUUUACUGAAUGCCAGGAAGUUUGAUUUCAUUUCCCUGGUGCAGCUGGCUGGUGAAACCACGGGAGGUGGGAUGUGCCGACAGGUGAGUUGGUGGACAAGUGCUCCUCCCCUUCCUCUGCCUUGUGGGAUGGAGCACUCAUGGAUAGGGCUGCUCAACAGGACUGCCAAUGUGCAGUUUACAUUUAGGAUUGGGACAUUUUCUCCACAGGGUCAACCAAGGUAAGGGCAUCCUCCCCUCCCUGCUCGAGGGAGGGUUUCUGCCACUCUGCCCCGUACCCCACAUGGGGGGUUCCAGCUGAGUCUCCCCCCCUCCCCAUCCCUUGUAUGGCAGCUCUUUCUCUUUGGCCUUGGGGCUGGACAUCUGUUGUCAGUAGUUAAUUUUUUUUCCUUUUUUUUUUUUUUUUUUUUGAACCAAAGACCCUUAACUCCACACUAGCAACACAGACAUGUUGUUAGAGGACAACACCCUCGCUCCUGCCGCUCUUUUGGUCUAAUAGCUGGGUUUGUUUGAAGAGAACAGCCCAGGCUCCCUUGACUACUGGAGCCUGAUCAGGGCCCAGGGGGUUUGGGCACUGUUGGCUCAUGGCACUUUAUGACUUGGAUCCUUUGCAGCUCUGAGCAACCAGCACACAACAGUAUGGGAUACUGGGCUCAUACUGUGCAGCCCCUUCUGGCUCAUUUAUUUUGCACUGGACCCUGCCAUCUAAAUACCUUUUUGGUUGUGUUUCUUUUUGUUUUUCAUAGGCAUUUCAGUCCCUCUUUCAUUGCUGCCUUUGUGCUACUUCGAGCCCUGAAAGGUCAGGCCAUGACUCAGCUUCGUACACUGAAUGAACUUAGGGAAAGAAAAUCCAACACAAUAACUUUUCUAAGCCAUAUACUUCCUAUCCAUGUUUUCCAGAAUAAUUUAUUCACAGCCAUGUCACGUUCUGAGAGUGCACAAGGGCACGGUGAGGGUGUUCAAACGUGGUGGGGUGGGGCUUUCCACGGAAGGCUUUUCUGUAACAGAACACAAAAGUUGUGGCGGUUUUUUUAAAAGUGUUUUGCACAUGUGUAGCUGAGGGAGAACUGUGUGUGUCCAAACCUUGAGUGCAAUCACCGUUUUCCAGGUUGUCUGGGGAGGGAGGGAGGGCAGGAAUAUCUGUAGUUAUAGAUAUUUGAAGGCAGCCAGCUGAGAGUUUACAAAACACUUCGCGUAGCAUGAACGAACACGAGAAUUUCAGCUCAGGCCGUGACUUUUGGCCGUGACCAGUGACCUGGGGUGGCCAGUUUGAGCUGCCAAGGAAGGGCCUGAUUUUGGGUGCCCAGCCCCAAUCAGGUGCCUUUGAAGGGUCUCAGAUGGGACACCCAGGGGUGGCUUUUCACCUGCGAAAACUCACGGCCUCUCUCCGCAACUUCCGAUGUAACUGAACACAAAGGGUUUGGUUGUUGGUUUGUUUUUGUUUUUUUUUUCUAAAUUUUAUUGUAUUAUUGCAAUAAAUCUUUAACAGUAA